AUGGAGGUACAUUAUCUCACGAUUUUAUUUAGUAUUUUUUGGUGUAGCUGUGAUGCUAUUAUGUGGAGUUUGGCACCAAAUACUCAAAAAUGUUUAAAAGAGGAAUUACAAGCUAACGUGUUAGUCGCCGGCGAGUAUGAAAUUACAGAGAUUACUGGACAGCGGAUUGAUUACAUUGUGCGGGAUUCCAAGGGACACAUCUUAGCUCAAAAAGACAACAUCAGCAAGGGCAAAUUUACAUUUGUAACAGAAACAUAUGACACAUUUGAAGUCUGUUUUAUAUCUAAAAUGCAACCAGAACGUCGUGGAGUAGCACAAGAUGUACACUUAGAUAUAAAAGUUGGAAUUGAAGCUAAAAAUUAUGAAGGGAUUGGUGAAGCAGCAAAGUUAAAGCCAAUGGAACUAGAGCUAAAGAGACUGGAAGAUUUGUCAGAGGCUAUUGUCCAAGAUUUUACACUUAUGAGAAAACGAGAAGAGGAGAUGAGGGAUACUAAUGAAUCAACAAACAAUAGAGUGUUAUUCUUCAGUUUGUUUUCAAUGGUGUGUUUGUUGGGGCUAGCCACGUGGCAGGUGCUUUACCUUCGCCGCUAUUUUAAGGCCAAGAAACUUAUUGAAUAG